UCUAACUGACAAUUCAUGAGUUGAUAUUUGAGUAAUUAUUAUGAUUGCCGAAAAGUGUCUGAAAAUUACUUUUCUUAGGUGUGUUAUAUUUUGCAGUUCUAAUAGAAAAUUUACUAUAUAAAAAUGUUAAAAAACAGCCCAUCAACUAUGGCAAACCGGUUCAAAGAGGGUGAUGGGGGAAAGGUUACAACUUCAACGAUCGGAGCUUUUGCCAUCGAUGGGGCAACGGUGGAGUAGUUGGAGACAAAAGAAAAACACAAAACUCACACUACCGUACCGGGCACAACUAAAAGGGACUACCACAGCCAAUACAAACAAUCAUUAUCUGUUACUGCUCUCGGUUGGUUGCAACUCAUUUGCUAAAAAUUUGAGUUUAUCACCUUCACUGGGAAGAUCGUUUCCGAUCGAGACACGUCGUCAGUACAGUAGCAGCAAUAGUGGCAUUGGGUCACCAGAAGUAACUGUUUCCAAAAACUCACAAACACGCCAGAAGCGAAAAAUGGUUGUAAAAUUGACAGAGGACCAACGAAAAGAGUUGCUGCAGCCGUUGUUGAAUGACGGAUGGACUAUGGUAGAAGGACGCGACGCCAUUUACAAAGAGUUUUUGUUCAAGGACUUCAAUGAAGCGUUCGGUUUUAUGACUCGCGUGGCGUUGAAAGCCGAUAAGAUGGAUCAUCAUCCGGAAUGGUUUAAUGUGUACAACAAAGUGCAGGUCACCCUGGCCACACACGAUUGUAGUGGUCUGAGCGAACGGGAUGUGCAAUUGGCCAAAUUCAUGGAGAAAGCUGUUAAAAACAUUUGAAAAAUACUCGUUUUACCUGUAUAAUAUUCAGUCAAGCUUAAAAUUGAAUAAAAUUCACAACUUUGGUUAAAUUUAUAA